AACCACUUGAGCGAAAAGGCCUGAUGUCGUUACGCUCUGUCAGACCAUCGCUGGUGAAUGUGCUCUCGAGGAGCUACACGGUGGAGCAGCAACGGUGCUAUGCACUGCUGUGGAACCCGUUCAAGAAGUCUGCCGUGAUUGAUAAGUCUGGCACUGGUGUUGGUGACGGGCAGAAUGGUGUGGUGUCUCCUGAGCUGGUGGAAUUGAGACAACGAGUGAGGUGCUCGAAUGAUUCUGUGGCUCUCGGUGAGGUGCUAAGGGCCCUGCGUCCUCUUGUUGACGGAAGUGGUGAGACUUUCAUCACGAUGAGUGACGUUAUAAAGAAGCUGGACAAGGUGUCUGCCCAGCGAGACACUGCUGAUGGCGAGGUUGUUGGUGAUGACAAAGCGGUGAUGAUUCCUGGGCUGAGUGUGGAGGAAUGCUAUGAUCUGUACUGCUCUGUGAUUGACUGUAUCUCGAGGGACAAUUACAAGAGCGCGAGGUUUAUUCCUCGCUUGUACUUACAGCUCGCCAGUCGUUAUGAGAAGAUGGGCGAUGAGUUAAUGUUGAGCAGUGUCUUCGGCAAGUUUGUGCAAUACCUGUUGAAGCUGGGGUUUGAAGACCAAGUCCUGAAAGUUGUGAAGAGCUUCAGUGGCAAAGAUGCUAUUUCGCAAUCAAAACUCGUGGAGUCGUUGGUUGACGUUUUGGCCAGCUCAGAUGACAUCAUCCAUCCAACAAUCAUCUCAUCUCUGAUUACAAUCUUACCUGAUUCCAAGCUCGUUGAAAUUGGUGUUUCCAAGACUGCUGAUUUUCUCAGGUCUAAGGAGAAAUCCCUCUUCCCUAUAGAAAAGAAAGACAUGGAGGGAAUACAACAUAUUGUUGAUUGGGUUUCCAUCUCAUCUGAGAUGAAUGAUAAUAUGGUGCUGAAUACUUUACAGAUCUGUUCCAUGAUGGACGGUUUAGUCUCAACUGAGGAAGAAUCCUUGCUCAAAUUGUUGCAAGCGUACAAGACAACCUCAGAGGAAGUGGCGUUGGCAAUCACGUCGAGAGCUAUGACACACACGCUCUUGCCUAUAGAUGCACAGCUUUGGAUAAAACAGAUGGAACCAUUUGCUAGACUGAAGCUUGUUUGGGAUAUCUAUCUAAAUGGUUUCGAUCAGUAUAAGAUACCACAAGAACUUAUCGAUCAAUCGACAUUGAACUUGGCUGUAUUAGCCACUAUAAACUCCAAAAGAGAAGAAUUGCCAAAAGUGCUGGAGUUUUUCUCUUCAAAUGACGUUGACUUCACACAGACAACGUUUGAAAUACUCAUGAAUAAGUAUAUCUCCACCAAAGACUAUGAAUCUUUACAGCAUUCCUUCACAAAUUCGUUCAAAAAUGGUGUUGAUUGGACAGGGAACCCAAUCCUCUACAGAUAUCUCAUAACCAUGGCAUCUCAACCAGAAGCUGAUGUGAAGGAGAUCUUCCUGAUUGCAAAGAAGAUAAAGAUCUAUUUGGGAUACUUGAAUUCUGAAAGUUACAAUGCAUUGAUGAAAUUGAUCUUACAGAAUGAGUUCAUACAGGAUGCCGUUGUUUCGUUCAAGGAAGAACUACCACCUCUGGAUGAAGGUGCUAAAUAUACCCAAGCACAAUACCCAUCCUUAUACGAUACCAUUUUACAGUGGUGUGUCAGCGAGGCAACGUAUCCGGAGGAUAUCCACAAGCUGUACACAGAAUUUGCAAAGAAGUUUGUCAUUCCCUUGGACUUUUAUCAACCUUUAAUCAUGAGGCUUACGGCACUACAUAGACCAGAUUUCGCAUUUGAAAUAUUUCAAGAUAUGAAGAGGAUGCACAGAACUACUGGGUCAAUACCACCACCUCCUCCAGAGGUUUAUAUACACUUGUUCAAAUCCUUUGGUCGUGAUCUCUAUACCGAUGGAGUUGAAACGUUAGAUGCCAUUUACAAAACAGACCUUACUAUUAACACGUCUGUUCCACUCUUGAACUCGAUCCUGGAUGCAUACGCAAGCUUACAAGACUUUACCAAAGUCUCGCAGACUUACAACAAGAUCCUAAGACAUCCCCAAGGUCCUGAUAACGAAACUGUUAGCAUCAUGCUAAAGGCACAGACUUUCCUCUCUUUGGAUAACGUAAGAGAAUUCUGGAAUAACCUGGAUGAUAUUGGAGUAUUACCAAAUGAGGAUAACUACAAACGCUACAUCAUUGCUCACUGUUACCAUGGAGAGGACAAAUUGGCCAUUGACGUUGCAAAGUCGAUGGAAGAUAUGGAUGUCGAUGUGAAUGAAAACAUCGUAAAGACUCUUUAUGAGUGGAGUGAAGACAAGGAUAAUGUUGAAGAAUGGGCAAAAGAGGAACAUGAAGGAAUAUGGAACGCAGUUGGCGAUGAAUGUAAGAGUCUUGUUGUUGUCGAUAAAGCAGAUGAGGCUCCUGAGCCUGGAAUGACCGUUGAUGAACUUCGACUUGUAAGGUCAUGAUUACUACAAACAAACGAACUUGGAAACAAAAACAGAAAAAAACAUCUUGUGCAUAACUUAUUUAUCUCUUGUUAAUUAUUAUUAUUUAUAUACUUCUUGAGAUGGUC